AGCAGAUCUACAAGAUUCAAGGACUCGCUUCCAUCGUGAAAGCGCGCUUGAGGAUGGCAGAAACGUACGUCAACUUCCUCGGUGGAUCCCCUCUGAACCGCCUUUCCUGGCUACGGACUUCUCAAUCGUUUCUGAACUCCAUCGCUGCCUCGCCUGCAACACGCUGGAUUGUUUUUAAACGCGGAGAGCCGCUGAUCGUGUCCCGUGUAGACUCUGGCGUCAGCCUAGCACGGUUGACCACGGCUGAUGUGCGGCCCCUUCUAGGCUCAGAGCCUUUUUUUGGACAGGGGCAGAACGACGGAGAGAUUGCCGCUCCUGAUGUGCAUGUUCUGGAGGCAGCUAGAUUCCGAGGUGCUCCCAUUGUCUUUCUCGGAUUGGACGAACCACUGGGAGAUAGCGCACUCGCACUUCCGCCACCGACAAGUGAUGUGAAUUCCGGUUCGCAAGAUCCGCAAGUCACGGCGCAUAAUUUUAAGGGGACACCAUAUUUCUCAUUGGAUGUCUCGGGUGUUACAGACGCGGAGAUUGAAGCCGUACUCCAGGGAUCAGAGGCGGGGAAUGGGGCACAGAUUCAGUUUUCUGAGCCGCGAGCUGCUACGCGGGGAUUCAGUAUGUUCGAUGCGGCAUUGUUUGCGUCAGCGAGGAGUAUGGUAGAUUGGAAUGAUAGAAACAAGUUCUGCGCGGGUUGCGGCUCUCCCGUCUACUCCCUUUGGGCAGGCUGGAAACUGACAUGUUCAUCUUUGGUGCCCUGGGCAGACAACCGUAACAGAAAGCCUUGUCCAACAGUAAAAGGUCUUCAUAAUUUUCAGCACCCUAGAACCGAUGCCGUAGUCAUCAUGGCUGUUGUCAACGAGGCCGACGACAAGAUACUACUAGGGCGAAACAAAAAAUUCCCCGCAAAGUUCUAUUCUACUCUUGCAGGCUUCAUGGAGCCAGGAGAGUCGUUCGAGGACGCUGUCAAACGAGAAAUAUGGGAAGAAGCAGGCGUCAAAGUGUGGAAUGUUACAUAUCACUCAACGCAACCUUGGCCAUACCCUGCAAGCUUGAUGAUUGGCUUUUACGCGACUGGCGAUCCUGCGCAACCCAUUCGUACCGACCUCGAUAACGAGCUUGACGAUGCACAGUGGUUCACCCGAGAACAAGUUUUAGCUGUGCUUGCUCACGAAGAGGGUACGACUUUUACUAGAAAGGAUUACAAGCAGAUGAACGACAUUGUCGACGGUAAGAACAGUGCCCAGGACGUUGAUGCGUUGGCCGGAGAUGCCGCAGCCAACGUCGCAGCGCAGCUAAAGCCUGCCCGCCCCACCGUAGAGGAGUUGGCUUUCAGGGUUCCCCCCAUUUCAGCCAUCGCAGGUGUCUUGAUUUACGAGUGGGCUCACGGAAAGCCUCCACCAGUGCCCGCCGCUGUGCCGAAGGGUAGAAUGUGAUCUCAGAUCUGUGAUCGACAAUUUUGACCGAGGUCGGGGUUGGUCGGGUAUAUGGCCUAUUUUUGCUUUUGUUUUUUGUUUUACACCUGGCGAGUACCUGGCCGGUUGUACUCGGCUUUUUUUUCGAAUUCACUUAGUGAUUAUAAUUACUUCUUCCGAUGU